AUGUAUCUUCAAUCGAACGGCUUUUCUGGAUACGACAUCUGGCUUGACCAAAAUGAAGAAGUGGAGUCUUACACGUAUUGGUCUCACUUUACCGUCAAGCAGACGCACGAUAAGCUCAAGCCAAAAAGGACGUUCACACCGCAUGUUUCAAACCACUCCAGCCCCGACGACUGGAACGCUGAUAUCGCAAUACACGGGCUAGAGAGUGCGCGGUAUGGAUGGGGAUGGUACGAGAUGGGCUUCUUCACUUACUGGAAUCGGUCGGGGCUGAUUAUGCUUCUGUGCUUCGAUUUGCCUGCGAAGUCGCAAUCCGAUAUCCAGACCAUGUUUGGUCUACAGGCAAUCAAUUGUUCUUGUCCCUACGCCAUAUUUUCGCUCAUCUCGGAUGCGCUACUUCGGCUGUACGAUGAUUCGGUGUGGUCCAUUAGAAAUUACAUCAGCCAGUGGGAAGCCAGAAGGUCACAAGAGACCGACUACUUCCUUUUACACGAGAUUGCGAGACACGGUGUACAUGUCAGUGAAACCUUGAGCGUGGCUACACGGUCGCUCGACGCUAUACGGCAACAUCACGAGAGGUUUCGUACCAACACCGACCUGGUCCGGGGCAACAGUGGACAUAGACGCUGGGACAAAGUGGGGAGCCAAUUUGAAUUCCAGCUCCGAUUUCUAGAGGGCUUGCUCCAACGGUCUAAAGCAAACAAUGCUCGGAUCCAGAACGAGAUCACUCUUAACCAUCAUUUCACCAUAGGAUGGAUCUCCCCUCUCCCUCUGGAAAAAGAGGCUGCCAGGCUUGUACUGGACGAAGAAUACCCGCAAGAGGAAGUCCAAUACCAGGACACCUUCUAUCUAGGCGGUCGAAUCGGCAAACAUGAGGUUGUCAUAGGAGUGCAGAGAAAGACAGGUCUUAGUGGGGCUGCAAUCCUUGCGGAGAAGAUGCGCGCUGGAUUUCCUAAUAUCAAAUACUUUCUCUUGGUCGGUAUUGCUGGCGGCGUACCUCGCUACGGACCGGCCGGUGCGGUGUCUGAGAUCGUGCUUGGGGACGUGGUCGUCAGCUCUCCUCGAGGCAAUCAUGGUGGCGUUUUGCAGUACGAUAAAGGCGCCUGGGAGGGCCAAGGGCGCCUGAACUUUCGUGGGCACACGAAUGGCAUUCCUGGUGAUCUUAUGGCCGCUGUCAACAACUUCCGUGCGGAGGGCUGGUCCAAGACCAACAUUCCGGCAGUCUUGAGGCAAAUGCGUCUUAAGCUGGACGAAAAGCGACGGCAUCAAUACGACGAUCCAGGGCCCAGCCGUGACAGGCUCUUCGGGGGCACCUACGUGCAUCGAGGUACCGAACUUGAUGAUUGCAAGGAAUGCUGCGACGCGGACUACACCACUUCGCGUUCUGACCGAGGCGACGGAGCUACUCGAUUGCUUGACGAGCCGUUUGUCCAUUUCGGUAACAUUGCAUCAAGCAAUCAACUGCAGAUAUCUGCCAUCGAGCGCGACAGAGUUCAGCAAGAGCAUGAGGCCAUCUGCUUUGAGAUGGAAGCAGCGGGAGUUCUGGAAGAGUAUCCGUGCGUGGUCGUUCGGGGCAUUUGCGACUAUGCGGAUUCUCAUAAAAAUAAGGGCUGGCAGAACUACGCGGCAGCUACGGCGGCGGCAUGCGCAAAAGGGCUACUGUCCAUGCUCCCGGCAACAGACGCUGCAAGCAGGGUGGAAUCUGUGGCAUCAUCUUCGACCCAGCACACGGCGCAGUCAUGGAAUGUUGCGUUCGGAAACAACAACAAGGGCUUUCAGGCCGGGAGUUUUCAUGGUAAUAUCAGCGGGCUACAUUUUGGAGGAGCGUGA